CAGCAGCAUCAGCAGCAGUGCAGCCGGAUCCACGCGCCACCGCCGCGGACCUGCUGGAGGAGGUUUCUCCGGGACAUGUGGACUUCAGAGACGGCUUCUGCGUGUUUCCUGUUGACCUUCAGAGGAAGCUGCGUCCGCCGGUAGAAGACGUGACGCAGACUGCCAUUUUCUUCUUUUUCAAAUUUAUUUCAAACGCACCUGGUUCACGGAGCGCGCGCCCUUCGUUGAACGGAACAUCCAAAUCGGAGCCCACGUCCACGCGCACACCUGCCUCCAAUUUGUCCUGCGUUUUUCAGCUCCGCAAACAUCAGAUGCGGACCAGAUCUCGAAGCUCCGGCUGAGUCCCGCUGCGUCCCGCUGUGGGGAGGAUGCUGAACAGAUCCUGGAUCUGCAGGUCUGCUUGAAGAAGUAUCCAGGUGCUGAACACCACCUCUGGUAGUCAUGAGGAAUAGAGGGCUGAUGACGCAGUCCUAAAGAUUGAUGGAGGGCCAUGCUCUUCAAACAGCAGGCAUUGCUGAGACAGAAGCUCUUUGUUCUGGGCAGCCUCGCUAUUGGUAGUGUCCUGUACCUCGUAGCCAGAGUUGGGACUUUGGAUAGGCUACAGCCCAUUUGCCCGAUUGAGAGCAGAUAUUUAUCCCCCGAGCCAGAACAAAUCCCUCUCCGGAACCUUCAGUUUAAGCGUGGGCUGCUCCAUGAACUACGGAAGGGCAAUGCCACCAAAGAGCAAAUACGUCUGCACAACCUGGUCCAACAGCUGCCUCGAGCCAUCAUCAUCGGGGUGCGUAAAGGGGGCACCCGCGCCCUGCUGGAAAUGCUCAACCUGCAUCCGGCAGUGGUCAAAGCCUCGCAGGAGAUCCACUUCUUUGACAACGACAGAAACUACGCUCGGGGCAUUGACUGGUACAGGGGGAAAAUGCCCUUCUCCUUCCCUCAUCAGAUCACCAUCGAGAAGAGCCCCGCCUACUUCAUCACAGAGGAGGUCCCUGAACGCAUCUUCAAGAUGAACUCCUCCAUCAAGCUGCUGAUCAUUGUCCGAGAGCCCACCACCAGAGCUGUGUCCGACUAUACCCAAGUGUUGGAAGGCAAGGAGCGCAAAAACAAAACUUACCACAAGUUUGAGAAUUUGGCCAUCGACACCAGCACUUGUGAGGUGAACACCAAGUAUAAAGCCGUGAGGACCAGCAUUUACACCAAACACUUGGAGCGCUGGCUGAAGUACUUUCCAGUAGAACAGUUUCACAUUGUAGACGGGGAUCGCCUCAUAACGGACCCGUUGCCGGAGCUGCAGCUCGUUGAGCACUUCCUAAACCUUCCCCCCAGGAUCAGCCAGUAUAACCUGUACUUCAAUGCCACCCGGGGGUUUUACUGUCUACGAUUUAACAUUGUCUUUAAUAAGUGCCUGGCAGGCAGCAAGGGUCGGAUCCAUCCGGAGGUCGACCCAUCUGUAGUGAUCAAACUGCAGAAAUUCUUUCAUCCAUUCAAUCAGAAGUUUUAUCAAAUCACAGGUAGAACAUUUGACUGGCCGUGAUGACAUUUAAACUUCUCCAAUCAGAUUCCUUCUGAAGGUGUGUGUGUAUAUAUAUAUCUAUAUAUCUAUAUAUAUAUAUAGAUAUAUAGAUAUGAUAAAAUAAGCCUUAAGUGCAAUGCUCUUAUUCAAGACUAGACACCUUUAAGAUGAACAACAAAACAACAAAAAUCAUGUUGUUUACUUGAUCUAAACUGCAUGUGAAAUACAGAGUCCAUGACAUCAGAGUCGACUGUUGUGUUAGUUGUUUUCUGUUCAGUCCUUCAUUUAAAACCUUCUAUAAUUUGUCUGUUAAAAAGUGUCCUCCAUUAAAUCUCAAUAAAGUCCCCAAGUUUAGACGGGGUUUUUCAGAAAAUGAUUGAUUA